AUGCAGGGCGGUGGCAUGCAGAGCGCGGGGUACGUGGUGGCGGACAACCGGGAGAGGGAUCGCAAGAGGGAUGGGUCUGGCAAUGGCAGCGGCAGCGGUGCUGGUCGGCAGGGGUCGGGGCAGCAGCAAGGCCGUGGGCGUGGCGCAGGCGCAGGUGCAGGCGUGGGUGGUGGUGGUGGUGGUGGUGGUGGUGGUGGUGGUGGUGGAGGACGUGCAGGCGGAGCGGGCGGCAUGAGCGGAGGGGCGGGGUAG